AUGAAUGGUCAACGAGGUGACGACUUGGACGAUGACUUCGUACCAGAUGAACUCGUUGCUACCUCUGGUGAGGAGGAUAAUGGUCCAGGCGAUGAUAUAAGUGGUCUUCUUAGUGCAGAUGAAGAUGCUGAGGAAGCGGAGGUUUAUAUCAAGGAGAAAUCAAUGACAGAAAAGAAACGCAAACGGAGGGAGAAGGAGAAGGAGCGUAAGAUCAAGAAGAGGAAGUUAGCAGAAACAGUCGAGGUUAUCGACCCUCUUUCAGUGGCAGCGCAACCUGCUCACAAACUCGCAGACUAUGUCUCAUCUAUGCAGGUCAAAGCUUUCCCUGCAAUGUCUGAGAUAGAACUCAGCGACGUCUUGAUACCCGAAGCAUCGAUCGCGGAUACAGCGAUAUGGACGGGAUCGAGAACAUUAGAUAAUCUGGUUGAGUUCAUUAUCGAAGUUCUUCCGACACUGCACACCCGUCUGUCACAAAGAUCCAAAGUGGCUGGAGCUCCCACCUUGCUGUUCAUAGCCGGAGCUGCACUCCGAGUUGCUGAUGCGACCAGAGUUCUCAAAGAUAAGAGGCUGCGCCGUGAGAAGGGUGCAGAUGUAGCAAAGUUGUUUGCGAGACACUUUAAACUGGAAGAGCACGUUUCUUAUCUCAAGAGGUCAAAAAUUGGUUCUGCUGUUGGAACUCCUGGAAGAAUCGGGAAACUACUAUGUGAAACCGACGCCCUUUUGGUGUCUCAGCUCACACACAUUAUCCUGGAUAUCUCAUAUCGAGAUACAAAGAAAAGAAGUUUGUUGGACAUCCCAGAGACUCGGGACGAAGUAUUCCGAACUGUUCUGGGGGCGCCGAAUGUGCUCAAGGGUAUUCAAGAGGGAAAAAUCCAACUGGUGUUUUUCUAG